AAAAUGUCGGGAGUGAAAAGUGAGAAAUAUAUUGAAUUUGACGUGCGCAGAGGAAAAUACCGCAGGCACAGACGUGUUGUACCAUUACCAUGAUAUACGUUUUCUUGAUCGGCCGGUGACUCGCCUGUGUUGUCCUUGGUCCUUGUGAGAAAAAGAAGAGGAAAGGUGUCCGCAAUUAAAGUAAAAAGAUGGAAAUUGCGGCAAAAUCGGAUUUUGGGAAAUCUAUAAAGAGGCCUUUCAAUGCAGUUAUGUUUCAACUAGAGAUGAAGAAAAUGAUCUCGAUGAAAUAUCCUAAAAGCUUAAGAAAUUCUUGUAUGGAUUUUAUACGGAACAAAAAGAGUACUUUCAUAAAUGGUUCUAGUAACCCUUUCAGUGUUCUUCCGGACUGUCUGAAGACCGAGUUAAUAAUGUCAAAAGAUGAAACGUCCUGGGGAAAGUGGGAGGAAUGCUUGAUCAACAAACAGAUGAACAGCUUGGUAUUUUUCUUGGAACCAUCAUUAGCUAACGUAAGGGAAGCCUUCAAAGUAGUAACGGACCUGUUCACAAGUCUAGACAAAGUAAAACCAAAAGUUACGUGCUUCCGAUGGGAGGACAACAGUGAUUAUAGUCCGAUAUUGAGCCCAAAGCAUUUGAAAGAAACUACUUUCUUGAGUCCUGAGUACUACACAAGUCUGCAGGAACUUAAGAUACAUUGCGUUGCCAGUGAUGAAGAUUUCUUAAGAAGGAUUGCUUGCCGUCUUAAAAACCUACAAGUUUUGGACCUCGUGUUAGCAGCAGUGUCUCCUCAAGGGCUGUCCUGCCUUACUUCCAUGAAACACUUAAGGGUGUUUUUAUUCACUCUAGCCUGUGGAACAUAUUUUGACUUCAACAACGAAUAUAACAUAUUAUACAACCAGUGUGUGCAGCUCAUGCCCAAACUUCAAAUAAUAGGAAACGAAAUUGACUUUAAGAUACUUCAAAGUGACUUUGAUAGUAGUAGUUUCAGAAAUAUAAGAAUAGCUAUUCAAUUUGAGUCAUUGCCAAUCCCAGUCGAGUUAGGGCUGAGGCAACUGACGUUGCACAAAAACGGAGCUAUCCCUAAUGGCAUUAAUUUGCCAAAUCUGAAAUCACUCUUGCUAUGGAAUCCUGUGCUGAACUUUAUGUUUGAUGACCGUUUUGCUAAGGUCACAAGCUUAAGUCUCAUUGAUAUUAAUUUACUAGAGAUCUUAGGGAUUCUGAACAAGUUAGGAACUCAACUUAAAGUCCUCCUUCUCAUGACCGGGCAAGAUGACUUGCAAUUAGAUUUAAUCUUAACCCUGUGCCCAAAUCUGGAGGAAUUUCACCUUCCCCGCUGCCCAGCCUAUUUGACCAUGAACGAUGAUCUUGAACCCAAAGCAGACCUCGAAAAACUGGAAGUUCUCAGGGUUGAACUAAUUACCCACAUAGACGGUGUCACUCCUUCCUUCACACCGGGGGUGCUGGUACAACUUCUUAGGGCACCCAACCUCCGCGAGCUCUUCCUCCACUGGAUUGACUUCACUCAGGAAGAGGCGGAAGACAUAGUCAAAUUGCUGUUGGAGGGUGAGAUGCUUCAGAAACUGGAGAAACUUGAAGUGGAAAACUGGACGAUUUUGGAAGGCCAGUAUCACAAUGCGGAAAUUGAAGAACGAUUUGACUUGGUACUGACAUGCAUGGCCUACUGCUGUCCUCGAUUUAUCCACCUACUCAUCCAUGAUUUUUCAGCCUGCAAUAUAAUUUGAUGGGCUAUAUUUUUUUGCAAAUAUACACUUUUCCUAUAAGGUUAAUAAAAUACCUUUCAUGAUGAUGAA